UGAAACAAACAUGGCGGCGGCCGCUGUUGCUGGGAGUUGAUCGCAGGUGCCGGGGCCGCUGCCUGCAUCCGCCUUCAUCCCCGGACAUGCAGAACGAGAGGAGAGAGCCCGGUGGCCGGGAGGAGACCUUUCUCCGAGUGAGAGCAAACAGGCAGACCCGGCUGAAUGCUCGGAUUGGGAAAAUGAAACGGCGGAAGCAAGAUGAAGGGCAGGUAUGUCCCCUCUGCAGCCAGCCUCUCUCAGGAUCCGAGGAGGAGAGGAGUAGGCAUGUCGAACAAUGCCUAGCAAAGAGAGAAGGUUCAUGCAUGAUGGAGGAUGACUCUGUAGACAUUGAGAAUGAGAAUGGUAAUCGCUUUGAAGAGUACGAAUGGUGUGGACAGAAGAGGAUACGUGCCACCACCCUACUGGAGGGGGGAUUUCGAGGAUCUGGGUUCGUCAUGUGCAGUGGCAAGGAGAAUCCAGACAGUGAUGCUGACCUUGAUGUGGAUGGAGAUGACACACUGGAAUACGGGAAACCACAAUACACAGAAGCAGAUAUCAUUCCAUGUACUGGGGAAGAACCAGGGGAAGCUAAAGAGAGAGAGGCACUUCGAGGUGCUGUCUUAAAUGGUGGCACACCUAGUACCCGAAUAACACCAGAAUUCUCUAAGUGGGCAAGUGAUGAAAUGCCAUCAACGAGUAAUGGGGAGAGCAGUAAACAGGAGCCCAUGCAAAAGACCUGCAAGAACAGCGACAUAGAAAAGAUUACAGAAGAUUCAGCAGUGACAACAUUUGAAGCGCUAAAGGCUCGCGUCCGUGAGUUAGAAAGGCAGCUCUCCCGUGGGGACCGCUAUAAAUGUCUCAUUUGCAUGGACUCAUACACGAUGCCCCUGACCUCGAUUCAGUGCUGGCACGUGCACUGUGAGGAAUGCUGGCUGAGGACUUUGGGUGCUAAGAAGCUGUGCCCUCAGUGCAACACCAUCACCUCUCCAGGGGACCUCAGGCGCAUCUACUUAUGAAGGACAUGGCUGCUCAGACCAGAUUGCCACACCAGGGGGACUGGGAAAAAUGGCAGCAGCAGCGGCGGCAAGAGACAUUUACAAACUAGAGACUCCAAAUGUGGACUAGAGGCUGAAGGAGCCACACAAUGCCUCUGCUUCCAAACUUGUCGCUGGCACCGCCAACUCCACGAGAAGGCCAAACCAGAAUCUUUAUUGUGAACUGCCCGCCCCCCCACAAACUGAUGUUCUGCACCUGUCCCAUUUCGCCAUGAGGUGUGGUUCCAUCGUGGAUGACUUGCAAGCCUUUUCAGGGGAACGUCUUGGUAGCCGAGCCACCCUAUGAGCCAACCUGUGAAGGGACUGGAUCUUCCACAGCAGGAACCCUCCCGAGCUGUAACUUGUGUUCUUUCCCCCUCCUUUUUUGUGGUGGUCUAGUGGUUUUAAAAACAAAACGCCUACACCCACACUUCCACAAUGGCAGAAUGAAGCACAUGUAAUAUAAACUCUAUAUGUUUACAAUGUUGUGUAUAAAUGGGAUAGACUCCAACAUUACAUACUAAUAUGUUGCCCUUUUAUGUUUUUCCUUUGUUUUUGGGUUGUACUUUUUUUAAAAAAAUAAGAGAAAAAAAUAAGCA